GGGGGUGGGGUGGGAGGUGUGCGUGGGAAAAGUCGAGCGAUGGAUCUUCCCUUCUUUUGACAACACUCUCCCCUUCAGGACUAAGUCUGCACUGGAGGGAAAUAACUGCGAGGGAGAACCACUAAUCACACCUCCGUGUGGGAACUAACCCCGGGAGCAGCGUGUGCCGCCAGCCCCAGGAUAUUCCCUGCCUCCAACCUGAAGGGAUCUCUCCUGGAACGGUUCAGCCGCCCGGGCAGUUCACCUUUGCCUGCAGUUAACAAGCGUGCAAUUUGGGUUUAAUGGAGCUGGGUUUAUUGUUCCUCUUUGGACUUACAAUUACGUCGACUGCAGGGUCGGCGCUGCCCCGGGCUCGGUCCCCGGCGCUGCCGGCGGCGCAGGAGGAGCGGGAGGAGCGCGGAGCGGCGGCGCUGCCGGCGGGCAGGGGCCGGGGGGACGGCGGGGCGCCGCGGCGCAGGGCCCGCCGCUGCACUUGCUACACCUACAAGGACAAGGAGUGCGUCUACUACUGCCACCUCGACAUCAUCUGGAUCAACACCCCCGAGAGGACUGUACCAUAUGGACUGUCUAACUACAGAGGCAGUUUUAGAGGCAAAAGGUCUACAAGCCAGAUUCAAAGUACUUUCCAGUCUUCAUUUCGUUGUUCUUGUUUGGAUGCCAAUGACACACAGUGUAUGCAGUUUUGCAGAAGAACGCAAGACAGAAGAAGAAAUCAUGGAUCAAUGGAAAAGACAGAGGAGAAGGACCAACGCAGGGAAGAGGAACACACUUCAAGUCAGUAGCACAGAGUUUGGAGGAUUCUGAAGAGUCAGCUUUAAUUUUUUUUUGCCGAAGCUCAGAAGGAAGAACUUAAACUACAACUCUCCCUUGAGAUGGACAAACUGGAUGCUUCAGUCUGAUGCCAGUGGAGAAUUCAGCAGUUUGCAACACUCUCAUUUCAACAAUGCCACUUUGAGGGCACGUGAACCUGUAUGAAGAAACUUUCUCUCAUGAGCCCCUCACGAGAGUCUCAGUAAAGGAUAACUUUUAGAAAGUAACCUGGCAGGAAUGUAUCGCUAUUGAAGAACUAUUCAAAGGCAGAUCUUAUCUUGAGCAACACAAAGUUUCGGGAAACAUUUCUCUAUGUGAUUUAAAAAAGUCCAAUAGAAACAUACUGUUCCACUUACUGCUUGCUGUAUGUCCGAGGAAUCCAGCUUUGUGCAGGCAACUGUAAUUGGAGAAUGUGACAAGUUAGAGAGAGAUUGCUUGUACAUGAGUUCUCACUAAGAAUAAACAGAUACAAAACAUUUCUCUUGUUAAUGUAUGCAAGCCUAAAUCAUCAGAUUGUAACUUUUUGGCAAAUGUUUAAACGACAGUAUCUAUGCAGAAUAAAGACGAGUGGCUAGUAUAAAUAUUCUUAUUCACUAUAGCAAGUUAAGAGUAUGCAUUGAGUAGCCAAUAGAUUACCUAAUUUAUGCACAAAUUAUUCCUGCACCUCAAAGUUCUAUUCUAAAACAUUUAUGGUGAUUAUUUAGGGAUGCACUGUAGUUAACAAACAGAACUCCAAUUAUUCAUCCCAAAGAAUUACCUAAAGAUUAAAGGCUGUGGAACUCCAAGUGAAACAUCACACAAGCAGAAUAAUUGACUGUAUGAGACUAUUUGCUAUUCUAAGACCCUACAUAAGUUAUCAUCCACUGCGCAUAUGUUUGCUAGUGCUAGAAGUCACAUUUCUAUCUCUUCAUCGAAACAUUGUCACUGAAUAACCAGGAUUGGCUAUAAGGAUUAUAUUCGACCCUCAACAUUUUUCAGUGUAAAUGAUUUCAUCAGAAAGAGAAGGAAUGUUUUUGGAUAGGAGCACGCAAGAGUAAGCUAGGAAAAAUGGGAGAACAGGAUUUGUGAAAGUUACUAUAUUAUUUAUAAAUAAGGAGAGGAAAUCCCUCGCUUGUGACAUUACAGAUAUUUUUUUCGGUUUGACUGAUCUUCAUGCAGACUUUCCCCAGGGCACAUAUCUUAAACUGUAACCCGAUGACAUUAGAUUAGAUUCUAUCAGAAGAAAGAUGGUGACCAAAAGAAAAAAGAAAUUAACGGUAAAAAUGGUUAUAUAGGCUUAAACUGGUGGUAACAGACUUUGUUUGAAAGAAGAAAGGGAGAUCUUUGCCAAAAUAUAUAUGAUAUAUUUUAUAUAUAUAUGUGGAUAUAUUUCAUAAAUAAAUUAUUAUAGUUAUAAAAGUAAAUAUAUCUUUCAGUUAUUGCAUUUGUAUUAGUUUCUUACUUGCUGUCCAAAUGAUUUUGUACAUUUAUAGAAAAUAGAUUAUUUAUUGUAUAAAAACCACUUCACAUACUAUUUUCCCAUAACUUUUAAAAGACACUGUAUAGUUUUGGGGUUUUUAAAAAAUAAUGGAGCUUUGUUAUGGAGAAUGCUUGAUGUUCAUGUAUAGCUGCCAACUGGCAUUCCCCCAGCGCCGAAUGCGUACGCCCAGUUCAUACAAAAAUGCGCCUUCCUCAAGAGACUGGUAGCUCUCCUAACAGUUUGAGAAUUGAGUAUGAAAACGUAAUAAAAAUGUAUUUGAUAAUAAUUACGCAUAAAAAGCUGCAUUUCAAUUUCGUGUCCCUUUUUACUAUAAAUGUAACCCUCAUCUGGCCUAAUUUGUAUCCUGGGACAAACGAGGAGGCAGGGGUCAUUUGGACCGUGAGUGUUCUUUGUGAACGAUAUUAACUGACUUCAGUUUAGUCACUGCAUUAUUUUUCUUUUUCCUGGAACUGCAAACACAUCGCAGU